AGAACAAAGAUCUUAAUCAUUGAUUAUAGUUUAAUCACAGUUUAACCGAGCACUGUACUGGCCCUAAGAAUAAUGCUCUUUAUAUUACAUUUAAAAUAAAAAUAUUAUGUCAUCAUUUUUUUUUUUAUGUUUUAAUUCUACUAGUGUUUAAUAUUUUAAUUAAUAAGGUAAGAGCAAUUCAUUUUUUAUAAUUUCCAUACGAACGUAACUGAACAGUUGAUCCUUUUUUUGCUCAACUUGUAUGUUACUGAAUACUAUCGUACAUAAUUUAUUUAUUAAGAGAAAUGAAAUAAGAAGUCAUUGUUAGGAAGAUGAGUGAUAAAAAGAAACAAAAGAACAGGCGUGGUGUGAAGAAACUCUAAAAUAAAAUCAAUUUGAUUGUAUAGAAAUUUGAAGAGGUAGUGAAAGUUUGAGAAGUGCUUCCAAAUAGUGAGUAUUGAAAGGUCCACUACAAACAGGACUGAUGAAUGGCCGUAAGAUGAGCAGAGAAUGUUGUUCAUGAAGAACUUUCUUUAGAUAACUGAAGAGUUAAGGGUCCCAAAGGGCUGAAUCAUACUUCAGUACGUGACAAAUAAGAUCACAAUAGAUGGAUUUGAGGAGAAAUUGAAAAUCUUAGAAAUUUAAUUAUUGUACAAUUAUUAAUAUAAACAUUUAGGCUAACAAAUAUAAUUCAUAACUAAAAAUAAAUUAUUAAGUAGGUACUAGGUACCAUUUAGAUAGCUAACUGUUUAAAAUUUAUUAUAGUAAUAAUUUGUCAUACUUUGUUAAUUAGGUUAAUUAUAUGAAAUAUGCAUAAUCGACAAAAAGUACAUACUACUGAAGCACAGAAAGCUGCUGCAGAACGAGAAAAGGAAAAAAAACUUCAGUUUUAUCGACAAAGUAUCAAUGAUGUAUUUAAUCGUCGUACUCGUAAUGAAUAUGAUGUGCUUGCCUUAAAAUCAUCUGAAGGACUCUUAAGAGCCAAUCCUGAUAUUGUUACUUUAUGGAAUUAUAGAAAAGAUAUAUUAUUACAUUUGAAUCCUUCAAAAGAAAUAAUAAAUGAUGAACUUUAUUUAACUGAAAAAUGUUUACAAGUAAACCCUAAAUCAUACUCUGCAUGGUACCAUCGGAACUGGGUAUUAGAUAAUAUAGAUUCCAGUGCGGAUUGGAAUAAAGAAUUAUCACUGUGUACAAAAUAUUUGAAAAUGGAUGAAAGAAAUUUCCAUUGCUGGGAUUACAGACAAAUUGUUGCAUCAAAAUGCCAAGAGCCACAUGAAAAUGAACUGCAGUUUACUAUGGAAAUGAUAGAAUCAAAUUUUUCUAAUUAUUCUGCAUGGCAUUAUCGAUCCAAACUUUUUAGCGCUGCAGGGAAAGAUGAAGAAAGUACAAAAAUAUCAGAACUAUCAUUGGUUGAAAGCGCAGCAUUCACUGAUCCUUCCGAUCAAAGUGCUUGGAUAUAUCAACGAUGGCUAAUUGGAAAACUAGAACCAUCCAAGUAUAUUUACAAAGUUUCUCAAAUUAAAAACAAAAUUUAUCUUGUACUUAAUAAGAGUUUACCAAAUAAUUAUAAAAUUAAAGGAUUAGGAAAUAAUAAUUGGGAACAAUUAGAUCCAAAAAUAUGGUAUACAAAUGUAAACAAUUUGGAUAUUAAUAGCGUAGAGAUUAUUGAUGAAACUAAUCAAGUAAUAGAUGGAAUAUUGAUGGAUAAUAUUCGGCAAGAUAUAUUUCAACUUAAUAUAAGUGAACAACUUAGACUUGUUUUGAAUGCACAAGUUGACAGUUUGCGUCAAUUGUUAAGUAUGGAACCAGAAAGCAAGUGGGCUUUACUUACUUAUGUGUUACUUCUUCACACAUUAAAAUUAAACAACUAUAUUGAAAAUUGUCUCAAAAAUAUAAAAUUGUUAAAAGUAAUAGACACAUUAAGGAAAAAUUACUAUAAUGAUCUUGAAAGCCGGUACCAAAUUGAAUAUUGGAUUGCUAAUAAUAAUAAUACUGACACCGUACAUUUAAAAGGACUUGGUUUAACUGCAUUUUAUCAUAUGCAUAUGUUUUUAUUUCACAAAAACAUUGAUUUAAGUGAUAAUAAUUUAUCAAAUAGUAAUUUAAGUCAUUUAAAAUAUUUAUUAAUGUGCAAAAAUUUGUCAUUGAAGAAUUGUCAACUUAUUAAUUUAAACAAUUUUCCAGCUCUACCGAGUCUUGAAGUUUUAGAUUUGAGAGAAAAUCAAAUUCAAGAAACUUCGUGUAAGGAAUUAACAAAAUGUGAAUCACUUAAAACUAUUAUUCUAGACAAUAAUCAAAUAAUUCUACAAAAAACAUUGCACAGUAUCACUCAGUUUAUUAAUAUUGAAAUAGUAUGAAUUUAAAAUAUUUAAAUGCUUUGAUAAGUUGUUUUUAUUGUUUUAUAAAUUAUGCAUUACAUUAUUUAUGUAACUAUAGUAUUAAUCAAUGCAUUACACAUAAUAUAUAUUUAUACGUUAUUAGUUUUGUUUCAAUUAAUAUUAAUAUUUGACCUCUAAAUUUUUGCUCAAUAAUGCAUCCAUAUCGAUGAUAUCUGUGAAGUAAAAAUCAUACUCACUUAAAGUGGAUUUAUAUAAGCUGUUUGGUUUUUUUUUUUAGUCAUUUAGAUAAUAAUAAUUUACCUAACUUAAUAAAAACUAUAAUUCUUUGAUAUUUCCAUGCCAAAAAUAAUAAACUUCAUUUAGUGACAAACAGUAAAAUAACCUGGACGUUGAACUAAAAACAUUUGUCUUAUUUAUUGAGUACUGAGAAUAGUGGUAUAUAAUGCUGGUUGACAAUGAAUACUAGUUUGACAUAGUACACUAAUAACCAUUACAUUAAUUAUUUAUCAUUAAUGUGAAGCAAAUAUUAUGGCUAUUACAGCUCCUCUUAUAGAAACCAGCGGGAGAAAUCUUGUGCUUUCAAACUCUGACCUUGAUUAUUAGGUACCAUUUUUUAAUAUACUGGUGGUUUAUCAUACAAAAUUAGUUUAGAAUUUAACCACUGUAACUAUUUAAAGCAGCGGUUCUCAAACUGUAUGUGACAGGCAACAUGGUGGUAUACAGAAGGGCGCGUGGCCUAACAGAAUGAAAAAUAAAUUAAUAUAAUUAAUUAAUUCAUACAAAUAUUUUUUAAUGGAUAAAAUACUAUAUUUUAUAUAUUAUAUUGAAGUACCUUACUGUCUAUUAUACUCUUAUCGUUUUGAAAUAAAUGUAAAAACAUUAUUAAUUGUUUAAUUUUUAGUUUUACAUGGUAUGUGACAGAUCCAUAAUAAAUACAAGUGGCACGCGAAAUUAAAAGUUUGAGAACUUCUGGUCUAAAGCCACAAGUAGGAAACUUUACGACUGUCAAAGUCACAGUUAUCUAAUAAUUAUUAAUUAAACAUUAAUAUACUAUAUACCUACAGAGUGAUGUUUGAAGUAUAGUUAAAGCCAAUAUUUUGAAAUACUUGAUUUUUCUGAAAAUUUUGAAGUAUUGUAAUCAUAUUUAAAUGAAAACUUUCUGUGUUAUUCUAUUUUAAAAUACUAAAGAUAACAAUCUAAAAAGUAUUAUUUGUAUUGAUGUAUGGAGAAUAGCAUUUUCAUAGUAUUUCACUACUCUCUUCCUAUCUAAACUUAAAAAGUGGAAUAUUUUUUUUUCGUUUAGUUUUAAUUGAUUUUACCAUUCCCAAUAAAAAUUCAAUUCAAUUAUAUAAAUUUAAAUUAUUUUCAUGAUUAUAAGAUCUAGAAAUAUUGGUUUAUAAGAGAACAAAAUAUGUACAUAUUUGAAUAAAACUAGAAAAAUAAUGUCACUAUUAAUGUAAAAUCAUGUACAACAAAAAACUUACUUAUAAUUAAAUGUGUGUAAUAUAAACAAAUUGUGUUUCCUUAUGUUGUACAUAAUAAUUGGAUGGAAUAAUAUUAUCAAAAUAAUAAAAAAAAAAUAUUUACAUGACAAUAUAAUAUAAUUAUGUAAUUUUAUAUUUACAGUGAAAACAUUAAAGAAUAAUUGUUUAAGAUAUUUUGUUUCUUAUCUUAAACUGAAUUUGAAUAAAAUACAUACAAAAUUUAAAAAAUUGUAUAAAGUCAAUAUUACUUUCAGACUUUUAAUGAUACCCCCAUUAAUCAUUUUUAUUUAUACUUAAAUAUGUUGAAAUUAAAAUUAUAACCUAAUCUGUUGCUCCCAACUUUUCCAUGUCAUCAGCAUUGUCUGUGUUCAAACAUUCAAUUGGUUUACAAAAAUGUUCUUCGAUUUGUUUUAAUAUUCUAAAAUCACCAUCACCAGUCACAAGAUUAAUGGCAAUACCUUUUUUACCAAAGCGACCAGUACGUCCUAUUCUGUGUAAGUAUGUAUCAUAAUCAGGCUCACGAGAGACUGUUACAGGCAAAUCGAAAUUUAUAACAAUCGUAACUUGCUCAAUAUCAAUACCUAAAAUAAUAAUAAAAUAGUUUAGAUACAGUUAAUAUACAUAAUAGUUUAUCCUAUAAACCUUAAAGAAUAAUAAUAUUUACCUCGAGAUAAUACAUUUGUAGUGACAAGAACUUUUUCUUUUCCUUCACGAAAACGAUCCAAAACAGAUAUUCUUUGUUGGACAGUAAGUUCCCCGGACAAUAAAGCCACAGCAUGUCCUUGAUUAAUCAUCUCAGUUACAAGCCAUUGAGCCAUACUUUUUGUCUAAAUAAAAAUUAU